CCAACAGGGUUUAUGGAUGCCAGAUGAUACCUGGAAGGACAUUUACAUCUGCCAAUGUUAAUGUUGGCUGUGGCAGAUAAAAUUCAGCUAACCUGCCGCCAUAGCAGACAGGUUUUUCUCAUAAUUAGGAAAUAUUAUUAAAGGAAAAUAGUCAGGGUUAAGGUUACAUUUUAUUUUGGAUAUAUUUACUGUCUGGUACCACUUACUCAAGUGGCAACAUGCGGUUUCAACAACUUGCAAUUAAAAGUGCUUUACAAAAAACAUUACAUUACAAAACAUUAAAACAGAGACGGAUUGCCUUUGUUUAUAAUCUGCUUUACGAUUUAUAGCCAUCAGUCACUGGAAUAUGCUUCCAACUGAGCUAAACACACACACACACUUCCACUCUUUACAAAGAAUUGUAAAGUUGUACUGGUAAAUGUGCUUGAAUGUAUAUGUUUGUCUGUUUGUAUAACUGUAAGCUUCCUCUGUAAAAUAUCCAUAAGACUUACUAUUGCUUUCUGUUUAAAAUGUUCAACCUAAAAUGAGGAAAAGGGCUAGACAGAGUAAGGUGCAUACUGUACAGUAACACUCUUGGUUUCAGCCUGUGAGUCUGUGUGUGUCAUCAUGAAAAAAUAACACUCGAAACAUUCGUUGUAACAAGAACUAAAGUACAGAUAAGGUUUUAGUUAUGCGAUUUUGUCAAUGCAAAAGCGUCACAACGGUGAAAGCAUCUUGACUACACAUCUGGAACGUUUUGUGACUUCAUUAGUCACAAAACGUUCCAGAUGUGUAGUCAAGAUCAAAGUGAAGGGGAGUUCGGAUAUGGGUCUGCUAUGAGCAGAACAAAAGGAAAUUAACUACAACACACAUAGUUACUUUUAGAUGCAAAUCCUUAAAUGCAUAUAAAAAGACUUUGGUUUAGUAUGAAUGAGGGUAAUGCAAAAGUCGGUUGUGUAAUGUGCAAAUCUAGCAUAAGAUGUUAUUUAUUUCACAUAAGUAGCUUUUGUUGAGGUUUUCGAAUAAAGCUUUGAAUGUUUAUCUUCAUAUUUCUUCACCACAAACACUGUAUGAUGUGUAAUUUCCUUACAUAGAAAGUCUUAUAGUAUUUUGAAAUCUGGUCAAUGAUGGUGUUGUUGUCCAUCACUAACUACAGUAUGGGGAUAACAGUACUAGUGAUGUUGUUAUUGUAUUAUGUUGGUGUGUGCACAUGACACCAUACAGUAUAUUGCACAUAAUUCCAUCCAGGGAGAGUUAUCUCUAGUCCAUCUAACACAACACUAAUUGUGUUAGACCUAAAACAAAACAAAUGUUGUUAGAUGAAUGAAUAAUACGCUUUUUCUUUGCUCAGUGAUACAUCAGUCGAGACCAUUCGUCUUGUUUCUUAACUUGUUGCCAGAGGGGAAAGUAAGGAAAUCACCAGAGUGGGUUCAUCCACUGGGGUCCAUGAAUGUCUCUAGAACAUUUAAUAAUGUUAAGUCCUUUAAAUCAUCGGGGAAUCUCACUCUUAACCAAACAAAAGUGGACAGCAUUUCCCUAAGCUCAUCAUGUGUUUAAAAAAAGACCAGAUGUGUGUGUGUGUUUCUGGGGGGGGGUGGACUUUCCAUAUCUCGAUCAAGCAGGAGGAGCCUGCUGCUGUAGCUUUUAAAAGAGUCACAGCAGCUGAAUGGCAUCAACAGAGAAGCAAUUGUAAGAUAAGGAGCGUUUUUCUGGCUGCUGGCACAGUAUCUGUUCCAGGAAAACGAUGAGGACCGACACACGCGGCAUUAGGAUUAAAAAGUGGUUCGGGUUCGGCCCCAGAGAUCAACCACAACCCCCGGCUGUCAACAACAACACCUCCAGCCUGACGGAUGGAUCCCCUUUACCCCAACAGGAGGAGCCCCAACCCGUGAUCACAUAUGAGCAGAGGCUCCAGGAAAAACUAUUGUCUGAAGCCGGCCAGCUGCUGAUAGAAAAAGAGGAGCGUCUGUUUAGAGAGUUAAAGCAAUCAGACGCUCUUACACAUCAUGAGGAACAAGUAAACCAGCUGAAGGCAGACCGCAAGGCCCUGCAAGACCUUGUACUGCAGACUCUGGGACAAUCUCUUUGUCUGGAAGAGGACAGCUUGGCGGGUCUGACGUCUGCCGUGAAGGCCGUGAUGCAGGAGGAGGAACAGGACUUGCUGUGGAAACAAAGGGAUCAGACACCUCCGUCUUGGAGGCCCAGUGGAUGGAGGAAGCUGCACGACUCCACGCUCCUCAGCUUGGUGAAAGAACGUAUGGAAAACCCUUCAACGCCCUCUGCUUGCCAGAUCAAACUGACUACUAUCCAGGCGGACCUCACCAACAUGGGCAGGCAGCUGAAAGAGGAUCUGCUGUCUGUGGUGGGCGGUGUGAAGAGAUGCUACCCACAAGAGAUGGACAUUUGCAAUUUUUACUCCAAGUUAUACCACCAAACCUUAAGCGCCAGUCUUGUGAACAUCGCAGACUUUGGUCUGGUGGACAAGGAUCGCAUUUUCCUCCUGCGCUGGGUGAACGAGUAUUAUCCAGAAAUCCUUGCAAAGCCACAGCUACACAGCGAGAUCGAUAGUGGGCCGUUGGGAAAGCUGCUGCCUGAAAAGUUACUGAAAUCGCUGGAGGAUGAAUACCUGAGCAACCAACAGGGUGAGCUGACUACAAUAAUCCGUCGGGUGCUGGGUGAAGAAAGGGAAAAGUGGAAUAAAGGAGAGGAGCCGGAAACAGAGGACGGCUGCUUCUUUAGUCCUGUGGCAUACGACAUCAUUCAGCUCAUCAACGGUAAGGUGACUUCAUCUACAAAAGUUUUGGGAGAUCCGCACAAGGCCCAGAGAAUAACGUGCCAUAUAUCAAAAGAUUUAAUGGACAGUUACAAGAGCUUCCAAAGUGACGUCAUAAAGCAAAACAAGGCAAACAGCAGGUCGUUCAUCAAGGCCAACCUCGACUGUAUCAAACAGUUCAGUGAAGUCCUCAAUAAGGAGAGACAUCUGUUCACAGAAGAUGUGAGGAAGAACUGUUUGCGUGUUCUGACUGACAUGAAACAAUCUGCCCACACAUACUUAUUACAACCUUUGCACAAGCGCCUCAAGCCGCAGUACCGCAAACUGGGAACCAGCGACUGGCUGCACCAGAGUGAGUUUAAUGAGCUGCUGGACGGCAUCAACAAAGAGGGUCAAGAUCUUCAGGGUUCAACUGAAUCCUGUCACAAGGAGCUGAUGGGCCAGCUGGAGCAGGAGGUUACAGUAGAAUAUGUGAGUAGGCUCCUGAAAGGAAAAGUAAAACUAAAGGACAAGAAGCAACAGCUGAAGGCCUACCUGACUGUGAAGGACAACGCAGAGAAUUUGCAUCAUUUAUUCGUCCAAAUGGGAUCAGAGGAUCAUUGGUUGAAGGAAAUCCUGUUCAAGAUUGCAGAAGUGCUGAAACUCCAGGAUCUCCCCGCCAUACAGAUCGAAGUCGCCUCUCUUGGAACUGAUUACCCUGACGUCAGUGAAAAACAUGUUUUGGCUCUGCUGAAGCUCAAGACCGACCUCACUAAAGCUGACAGGAAAUCCGCCACAGACAUUCUGCACACUUUGAAAAUGGAAAUAGGAAGCAACACCCAGCCUCGUUCCUUUUUCUCCCUCGUUCAAGUCAAAUGAGCCAUAAAUCAUUCAGUUAUCCUCAUUUCAAAGUUGGCUGAAAGGCGGGUUGUACAUAUCGUUUACUGUAUCAUGUUUCUGAUUAUAACGAGUCUGCACUGCUCUCUCGGUGUGACAAGGCUCGGUCGAAAUGUUACUUAUGCUGAAAAUAAUAAUAUAAAAUGAGUACUGUGUUUGAAUAAGCUACAGUUCACAUUAUUGUUGCUGGUAAAUAUGGUGCUUCAUCAGGCUGUGCUGAACGUUAUCAUACAAAAUGUUUUGCAUUGUUCUUUUGUUUUUGGGUGAGGGGUAAUCAUUCUGUUUAAACCGAAUAUUUCUGCCGUUAAAGAUUAACUACAAAAUGAAUAGUAUUAAACUAUUUUUGUAAUCAUUUCAGUGGUGUUUCCGAUUACUCCAGAGCAAUGUCCAAAAGUAAAAAAACCUCAACCACAUCUUUGAAUGUUCAAAACAUUACAUUCGGUACAGAUCUUGCGCUUUUUACUAAUGAGUAACAUGAAUGUAUAUGUUUGGGAAACAAGUACUUGUUUUAAGAAUCAGUGUUAUAGUAUUUUAUUAUUGAUGUGUAUAUUUUGCUUUCCAUGUGCAAUAAAACAGAUUUCACGUCAUCUGUUGUAUUGUAAAAGAGAGUGUUGAAUGCAAGGUAUGUUUUUUAAAUAAAUUUGGUGAAACCUG